AUGGCGUCAGAGCUAUCAGAGCCACGAGAUGUCACCUUUCGAAACUACACUACCGACCAAGCUUCCGACUACGCUGCAGGACGACUCGGUUACACUGACGCUCUUAUCGACUUCAUUCUCAACUAUCAUAGAUCCACCUAUGGAAAGUCUGGCUGCGUGUUGGAUGUCGGUUGUGGGCCGGGGACAGCGACUCAAAAGCUUGCACCGCAUUUUCAUCUAGCUUACGGUGUUGAUCCGGGAGAUAACAUGAUCAAAACAGCUAUUGCUCUCGGUGGAAAAACUCGCACUGGCGACCCAAUUGUAUACAGAUUGAGCACGGCAGAAGAUAUUGACAAGAUCAAGGAGGUUCCUUACUCUUCUGUCGAUAUGAUAACGGCUGCGACUGCUGCUCACUGGUUCGAUGUGCCGAGAUUCUGGGCCGCAGCAGCUAAAGUGUUGAAACCAGGAGGGACUGUCGCCAUAUGGACUGUCUUUAGACAACCUGGUUCAUUCAACAAGAACACUGAACUUCAAUCCAUCUUCAACGAUUUCCUGGACGCCCUUGCCCCUUACUCAAGGGCAGGCACCCAUCUCACCCAAAGUGGUUAUGUCGAUCUGCCGAUGCCCUGGGAUGAUCCAGAGACUUCUUCAUUCUACGAUCAACGAGCAUCUGCCCGCCAUGUGCUCACUGCUGAAGAUGGCUUCAUCCCUAACGCGGGCAGGAAUGAAAGUAGCCAGAGCAACAGUGAUGAGUCCGUGGAAAAGCAAGUCCAGAGAAUAGAGAGAUUAGUAGGAACAUUCGGUUCAGUAAGUCGUUGGCAGAAAGAGAAUCCCGAACUCGUUGGAACAGAAGAAGAUCCCGCUCGUAUCUUAAUGAGUAAGGUUCGCAAGGUGUUGGAAGAGAGUGGAGAGCCAAUUGAGUUGACGGCUUUGGCGGCCAAGAUGGCUGUUGCCUUGAUUCUGGUAAAGAGGAAGUGA